AUGGGGAAGGGAGCUCUCAAGUUUGGUGGCAAGUCCGGUGUUUUGCCGGUGCCUCGUCAAAUCAUCAGGAAACCGUUUAGACCUGUGACCGUCAAGCCUAGUGCUAAUCAAGGAUAUGCUGAAGGUAUUCAGCAUCCAAAGGGCUCCAGCAGGGAUAUGAGAUUCCCAAAGGUGAUACCCGUUUCCGAGCAGAUAAAUCUGACCGCUCGUGAUCCAGCCAAGAAGUACACCGAAGAAGAGAUUUCGAAGAUGCCAUUGCAACAGCAGUGGAAAGUGAAAAAUUCUGAGCUCCGUAGGACUUUCUUGAAGGAGACAUAUUAUAAGGAUUUAGCUGCUAUUGAGCUCAACGAGCUUACAGAGUCGAAAAGGAUCGCUAAGGAAGAAGCAAAGAACAAGCUGGAAAGGCAGCACGAAGAGUCCAAUACCACCAAGUUGACGAUGCCCAGUCUCGACGAUAUGUUGAAGGAAAAGAUCAUGAGAGAAAGGACUGAGGAAGAAAAAGAACUUUUGCAUCAGGCACGUGAGUUGAACAGGAUUCAUUGGGAAAAGACCACCAAGACCCAGAGCGCAUUGAGGCUAUUGGAGCUAUACAAUGCCAGUUCUGAGUUUGCCGUCACAGAGGAAGAAGUCAACCAACUGGUGGAUGACGCUUUCACCGAGAAGGACUCGUAUGCCUCUAGUUACAAGAUCAUGAGAUCGCUAACUGCUACUGCUGCGGCCCAUGCCAAGGGUGUGGAAGAUGUUCUCAAGGAUGCUGUUGUGGGCAAGCUUGGAGGAGGACCUUCUUUGAAUGCUUUGAAGGAUGCAGUUAGCGGCGUUGAUGACGAAAUUGUCCGUGAAGCUCAGGAAAACUACCACAAGUCUCUGCUGGAGAAGGUUGAUUCUGAGGAGCAGAAGUGA